UAUCUUUCAAUUCCCUGGAGCACCAAUCAAUCAUCCAUUUCUCCUUCCUCCUCUCCUCUCAAGUCCGAACAACCAUGGAUGUCUCGUGGGAAGAGAGCGUCGCCGAUUCGAUCAACACCAUCUACCUCCUCUUCUCCGCCUACUUGGUCUUCGUAAUGCAGCUCGGCUUCGCCAUGCUCUGCGCCGGCUCUGUCCGCGCCAAGAAUGCCAUGAACAUCAUGCUCACCAACGUCGUCGACGCCGUGGUCGGCAGCAUCUCCUAUUACGUAUUCGGCUUCGCCUUCGCGUUCGGGGAAGGCUCCAACUCCAACCCCUUCAUAGGCACCUACUUCUUCGCUCUCAAGGACAUCCCCAACAGCACUUACGACUACAGCUUCUUCCUGUACCAAUGGGCAUUUGCUAUUGCGGUUGCUGGGAUCACUAGCGGCUCCAUAGCCGAGCGAACCCAAUUCAGCGCCUACCUCAUAUUCUCCUUCUUCCUCACCGGGUUUGUGUACCCAAUUGUGGCCCAUUGGGUCUGGUCGUCGAGCGGGUGGCUCAGCCCAAGUUCGAGCGACAUGCUCUUCGGGUCGGGGGCGAUAGAUUUUGCUGGGAGCGGCGUGGUGCAUUUGGUUGGAGGGAUUGCUGGUCUCUGGGGCGCAUUGAUUGAAGGCCCGCGGGCCGGCAGGUUCGACGCGUUCGGUAAGCCCGUGCCGAUGCGGGGACACAAUGCGACCCUCGUAGUGCUCGGGACAUUCCUGUUGUGGUUUGGCUGGUUUGGGUUCAACCCGGGCUCUUUCGAUAAGAUCCUCGUGCCAUACACCACCACGUCCGACCAAGGUAACUGGACGGCGAUCGGCCGUACGGCCGUCACAACUACGCUGGCAGGGUCCACUGCGGGGCUAGUUACCCUAUUUGGUCGGCGCUUGCUAGUGGGCCACUGGGAUGCGCUGGAUGUGUGUAAUGGCCUGCUCGGAGGGUUCGUCGCGAUUACGUCCGGCUGCUCCGUGGUUGAGCCGUGGGCCGCCAUCAUCUGCGGUUUCGUCUCUGCUUGGGUUCUGAUUGGCCUCAACAUCACGGCACUGAAGUUGAAGUUUGACGACCCGCUGGAGGCGACCCAGCUGCACGGGGGAUGCGGCGCGUGGGGGUUGAUAUUCACGGGCCUGUUCGCAAAGGAGGAAUUUGUGAUCCAGGCCUACGAUUCCGGAGAGAGCGGGGUGUCGCGGCCGUACGGGCUGUUCAUGGGCGGGGGAUGGGCAUUGGUUGGAGCCCAGGUGAUCGAGGUUCUGGCGAUUGUGGGCUGGGUGAGCGCCACCAUGGGGCCUCUCUUCUAUGCCCUUCACAAGCUCAAGAUCCUGAGGAUCUCAGUCGAUGAAGAAAUGGCGGGUCUCGACAUCUCCAGCCACGGUGGCUACGCUUACACCAGUCACGCCGAGGAAAGCCAGCCUCGCUUCUACGCCGAUUACGCGCGUCUCCAAGAUCAGUCCUAGCGGAUUAUUACAUCAAGACCCAUUUGCACCACCAAAUGAUUUGUUAUUCUUCGCGCAGCUAGGCCAUGUUCACACGUUCCAAUCUGAUUUGAUUGGUCGCAUGUUCUUUUAUGCCGAAUUGUUUAUGCAAUGAUCAAAGAGGACGAAAAGGACACGUUUUGGCGUCCAGCAUUCUCAAA